GGCGGAAGCAAGAAGAAGAACAUAAACAAAGCAGCUUUGACUGUAGGGAUCGCAGAACAAAUCAUUUUUUGUAUAUUUUUAAUAUUGUUUGAUUUGUAUUUUUGCUACAAGGGUAUGUACAUUAAGCGAGUUUACUUGCUUUAGAAACGUGAUGUGUAGGUAAAAAAACAAACAAAACGAAUGCCGUUAAUUGUAGUAAUAUUGCUCUUGCUCUAAUUUUAAUUUGAGGUGUUUUAUAUUUGAAAAGAGAUUACAAUGUCGCUUUUUAGUGUCCAAGCGAGGAAACAUACAGUGUAUUAUGACCAUCUUCUGUCAGGUGGGAGGGCUAUAAAUCGAGAUGUAAAAGACUCGGUAAAUUCGGUAACACUGGAUUCUGUAAACGAGGACAAUGGCAAGACGUCGGAAAGGAGUAGGCAAGUGAACAGAACAUAUGUGGUUUCUACACCGCAGACUCCUUACCACGGUCGCCUCACACUACAGAGGAGGUCAAAAAGGAAAUCUGGGAGUGAACGAACAUUUGUAGUAGACAACAGCCAGAGCAGCACGCCAGCAGCAGCAGCAGCAUCAGCGGAAAAGAGACUGACACUGCAGAGAAGAACCAGGACGCCUUCGUCCAUGGAUAAGAGCGUGAAUCGCGGGUCGAGGCUUAGCAGCAAUGCUCACCUCGCUGCAUCAAAAGUUUUGACUGAACCAAACGGCAGGACAACCGCUUUGGUUCGCUCAGUUAGUUUGAAAGAUGGAGGAAAAAGUUACAGAAGAAAAAGUGGUAUCCGCAUCGAAGGCAAGGCAAAGGUGACAAACGGCUCAACGCCUUUGUUACUAAAAUCUACUGCUAGGCAUUUGGAGAAAGAUGACAAAGGUUUUAACACACCCACCAGAAGGACCCAAUUUGAGAAAAUAGCUGCAAAGCGAGAUGUGUUUGAAAAACUGGCAGCUAAGGAAGCCUCUAAACCACUGCAUAAAACCUCAAGUCUAGAAAGAUCCAAGUCACGAAUACAGCAAAAUGGUGAUUCAAAACCUGUUCCAGCUCCCAGAGUUGGCAGAGUCACAAACUCUGUGACCAAUCUGAGUACCACAACUGCCACUCCAAGAGGAGAGUCCGCCAGGCCGAGAACAACCACCACUGCACCUACCCCAGUGCAACCGGAACAGUCCCUUUCCCGACCAAGUGAAGUUGUGAAGCAGCCAGAUACUCUACAAAUGGAAAACAGUGCAGUUACUGUUGCAGUUCGUGUCCGCCCUUUUAACACCAGGGAAACGACAGAGAAAACUUUGCAGGUCAUUUUUAUGAAUGGCCAAGAGACUGUAGUCCACCAUCCAGACACAAAGCAAAGCUACAUUUUUGCGUACGACUUCUCUUUUUGCUCAGUGGACAUCAGUGACUCUGCCUUUGCAAGCCAGCAGACGGUUUAUGAGAGCUUGGCCAAACCUCUCUUACACCGGGCAUUUGAGGGUUACAACACCUGUCUCUUUGCCUAUGGUCAAACUGGCUCAGGGAAGUCUUACACAAUGAUGGGGUUUGGCGAUGAGGCAGGCAUAAUCCCCCGAUUCUGUGAAGAUUUAUUUUCAGAGUUGACUUCUUUGAAAAGUGAAAAGGUUAAUUGCCAUGUAGAAAUGAGCUAUUUUGAAGUGUACAAUGAGAAGAUUCAUGAUCUGCUUGUCACCCGGGAUGAUCCCAAUCAAAGGCACAUGCCAUUGAGAGUCAGAGAACACCCAGUACAUGGCCCUUAUGUGGAAGCACUUUCUGCUAAUGUUGUGGGCUGUUAUGAGGACAUUCAGGGUUGGCUACAGCUUGGCAAUAAACAAAGAGCUACAGCUGCAACUGGAAUGAAUGACAAGAGCUCCAGAUCACACUCUGUCCUCACCUUAGUUAUGACCCAGACUAAAACUGAGUUGGUUGAAGGAGAGGAACAUGACCACAGCAUCACCAGCAAGAUAAACUUGGUGGAUCUGGCGGGCAGUGAACGCUGUAACUCAGCUAAAACCAGUGGGGACAGACUCAGGGAAGGUGCUAGUAUCAAUAAAUCCCUUUUAACGCUUGGAAAAGUCAUUUCAGCGCUUUCUGAGCAGGCUUUGAGCAGAAAGAAGGCUUUCAUACCAUACCGCGAGUCUGUUCUUACCUGGCUGUUACGGGAGAGUCUUGGUGGAAACUCAAAGACGGCCAUGAUUGCUACGCUCAGCCCAGCUGGUUGUAGUGUGGAUGAAAGCCUCAGUACCCUGCGCUAUGCUCAGCAGGCUCGGACUAUCAUCAAUGUUGCCAAGGUCAAUGAGGAUACCAACGCCAAACUCAUCAGAGACCUAAAGGCAGAGGUGGAGAAGCUAAGAGCAGCUCAGAUGAGCGCCCAAGGUGUAGAGCCUGAGAGAGUCAAACAGUUUCAGCAGGAGAUUGUGGCCUUAAGGAAUAAACUGUGCCAGCAAGAAAAAGAAAUGGUGGAGGCCAACAGGGCAUGGAGAAAAAAACUUGAAGAAGCAGAAAUUCGUAAACGUGAUGAGGCCAAGGAGUUGCAGAAAGCUGGUGUGACAUUCAAAGUAGACAACCGUCUUCCAAAUUUGGUCAACCUCAAUGAGGAUCCACAGUUGUCUGAGAUGCUUUUAUACAUGAUCAAAGAGGGCCAAACAACAGUAGGGAAAAUGAAAUCUAAUUCAACCCAUGAUAUUCAACUGACAGGAGCUCUGAUUGCAGAUCAACACUGUGUUAUAAGCAACAUGCAAGGUACUGUAAGCAUUACGCCAAUGGAAAAUGCCAAGACUUUUGUUAACGGCAGUCUCAUUUAUGAAUCCCAUGUUCUUCAUCACGGCGAUAGAGUGAUUUUGGGUGGGGACCACUACUUCCGCUUCAAUCAUCCAGCAGAGGUUCAGUCUGGGAAGCGGGUGUCUUGCUGGACAGGUGCAGGCGAUGGGCACAAAGAUUUUGAAUUUGCCAAAAAUGAGCUGCUUGCAGCUCAAAGAGCACAACUAGAGGCAGAAAUUGAAGAAGCCAAUUUAAAGGCUAAAAAAGAAAUGAUGCAGGGAAUACAAAUGGCGAAAGAGGUGGCACACAAAGAACUCUUGAACCAAAAGGCUCUUUAUGAAGACCGGAUUCGAGCACUAGAAAGAGAGCUGCAUACAGAAAAUGAACGCAAACGUCAGCAGGAACUAGACAAGCAAAAGGUGGCUUGCCAGAUGAAAGAUCUCAAAAUGGCCAAGUUGGAGUUGGAACAAGAGGUUGACACCCAGAGGAAACGCCUCCGCUUGCACAUGGAGGCCCAGGCAAUGGAGGAACAUCGGGUCACUCAAGCUAAGAUUGUGGAGGCUCUUGAGGCGGAAAAAAAGAAAAUCAGCAGGGAGCUUGAGGAAAUCCAAAAGAAAAGAGCUUUAAGGGAAAACCAAAGUGUCAAAAAUGAUUCUCCUAAAUGGAAUGCAAUGAAGCUGUCCUUAAUGAUUGAAGAAGCCAACAAGAUAAGUACGAAGCUUCGGAAGAACACAGUUUUUAGCAGACAUGAAAGCUCUGAGAAUGAUCAAGGUGGGCUCCAUGUUCGGGUACAGAACACAAAGCUUGGGAUCUCCACAUUUUGGAGCUUGGAAAAAUUUCAAAACAACAUGGCUGUCAUGCGAGAACUUGAACAGGAGGAUUCUAGCUUUAAAGAUGACGAUGUGUUUUAUGACCCUGAUGAUGAGUGGGAGCAAGAUAUAUCGGCCUCCUCUUCCUCCUCUUUUUCACGGCGCAGGAGUAGAAGCCUGUUAAAAAGUAGGAGAAUUUCUGGCAAACUGUACGAGAUCAGAGUUCAUCCAAUCCAGAGUCUUCAUAAUGGUUCCACCCAAACUUCUGGUUUAAUGGGUGGUACCAAACCUCCGUCCACUUCUCCAAGCUCAGCAGACUCUGCCAUACCAGGAAUCUGUAAGGAGCUGAUUGGCCAAUCAGUAGCUCUUCUCCGGAGUUGUAAUACCUCAGAGGAAAGUUUGGCAGACCGACUGGCCUCUGAUCUAUACAUAGUUUACACAGCAGCCCAAACGAUCUCUGAUUUGUAUGACAGCCUGGAUGAGGACAAUACAGAAAAUGUAUUCAUAGGUAACCCUGUAGCACAAACUCAAAUGGUCAAGUCGACUAUAGCCAUGGAGAGUGCGGUGUUUGUCACCAUGCAGUGGUUGGCAAUAGUGAAGUCUUCCUCAGGCCUGCUCUACACAAUCACAGAAGAACUUAAGAGUCAAGUGAAGAAAAUGGGAGGAUUUUUUCAACUUCUGAUACAGGGUUGUGAGUCUGAAAUUACGUCAAUGGUGACAGAAGCUCGGCGGAAGAGUAGCCAGUGUCUGAAUGCAGCGUUGGUUACGAUUUGCCACUUGGCAGCAGUGACAGGCUUGCCUCUGAAUACUAUUGCCCUCACAGCUCAAGCCACUGGCAAGCCUUCAAUGAUCACAUCUCUGCUGAAAGGAACUAGUAAAGGGCUUCAUUCUCUCUUAGAGGAGAACCUCAACAUAACCAGAGAAAUGCUGAGGGAUGCCCAGUUGGCGUAUCCACAAAAUCCGGUUUUACAAAGCCUUAAAUCAAAGGUACUUGACUUGGCUCGUGCUCUUCAGAACUACAUGCUUUACCAUAUCUCUGAAAUGCAGGAGAAAAAAGAGUUUGAAGAAGCAGCUUCAACUUCAAGUUGCCAAAAACUGAGAACAAUAGUGACCCAGUUGUUUGAGCUAAACCAAGUUCUUGGACAGCUGAAUUGUUCUUUAUCCACUGCACUUCGAGGGAUAGACACAGAUGUUAACGUUGGAGGCUCUAGAGACCUUAUCUCAUCAUCAGCCAGAAGAGUGGAUGAGCUCAUAACUGGUCUCUUUAAGGACAGAGAAGGGAUGCAGUCUGCCCCAUCUCCAAAUACUGUACACAAUGAUAUUAAUUCUGCCCUCCACUCACUGUGCCUGCCGUGGCCACAGCACGCAGAAGGGGAGGGAGGAGCAGACACUUCAGAGAGGAGCUCAGGAAGUGAUGCCUCAUGCCAAAAAAGUGCUACCAUUCACAGCACAGUCAGAAAUAGAGUUUUUAGUAAAGUAGUCUACGCUUUGCCUUCAGGUGGGAUAGGUGGAAGUCCACGCUGGGUUUAAUGCUUAUUUAUUUCUGUUUUUAAAUCACGUUUUACUGAAAAAAUCUCUUCCAGUGCUUUGUAAGUGGUACAUUCUCUGUCAUAAAUCGAGAAUAUUGCAAUGUAUGUAACAGAUUUCAUCUGAAUUUUAACAGCUUCUUUGGUGUUAUAUUAUCCUUUUAUACUUGUGAUUUUAUCACGCACACACACACACACACACACAGGCAUGUAAUAUUUUCUACCAUGUUUCAAUACUUGUAAUGUACAGGGUCUCUAAAAUACAUGCUAUAAAUAAACAUGCAA